AUGCUGAUCUAUAAGGAUGUUAUAACAGGUGACGAACUCUUUAGCGAUUCAUACAGUAUAAAAUUAUUCGAUGAAUGUUAUUAUGAAAUCGAGGGAAAGCUCCACACUGAAAAGGAUGGUGAUUUCUCUGGCAUGAUUGGUGCUAAUCCUUCAGCUGAAGGUGGUGAUGAGGCAUUAGACUCGUGCGAGAGGACAGACAUUAAUAUAGUUAUUGCUCAUAAACUACAGAAAACUUAUUUUCAGAAGAAAUCCUUUUUGGCAUAUAUAAAGGACUAUAUGAAAAGGGUCUUUGAACACAUUGAUGAGACGGACAGUGAAAAAAUUGACUCUUUGAAAAAAAAAAUACAGGCGAAAGUGAAGGAAAUUGUUAACAAUUUUAAUGACUACGAGUUUUAUUAUGGUGAAUCCAUGAACCCAGAUGGUUGUAUUCUAUUCUUGAACUACAGGGAAGAUGGUAUGACGCCCUUUUUCACAGUCUUUAAAGUCUCUGUUGUAAGCGAAAAAUAUUAA